UGGAAUUAAAAGGAAAUUUCAUUAGUUUCAUUAUUUAUUUGUACAAAACAUUUGAUUUAACUUUCAAUGUUCAAUAAUUCGUUUGUCAAUGAUUGGAUUUAAAUGAAACAAAACACGAAAUGGCAGCACAAUCGUUUCGUUAUGAUCUGCAGUUGAUUAUUCCAUUAGCGCUGGGUUUAUUUGGAAUCAUAUGUUUACUUGUAGCAUUGCUACUUAUCCUUUAUUAUAGAAGAAAACGAAAUGAACAAGAUAAAAAUUCUCCAAAUUCUACUACUAAAAAUCCUAAACAACAAUUUAAAGGCAAAACAAACACUGAAACAAAAUUCAACGUUGAUGAAACGCUGUACACAGGUAAAGCACAAUUUCCACCUUAUCCAGUCAAUUCACAAAUUCUUCUUGGUUCACUGAAACCAUCAUCAUCGUUAACACCUCUACAAUCAUCUUAUCCAAUCACUGGAAUUGUUGCCCAAUCGUCGAAUGCACGUAAUCCAACUCAGCCACCAUUUCCUUCAAUACAAAAUAAAGCAUCCUUCAAAAAAUAAUACCUGAGGAUUAAUUGUCAACUGCCGUUUACACCAUAUACAAUUACUAAUAAACAAAUUUGUUCAGAUAUUUUUCCUAAUGGAAAUAUUGGAAAUAAUUUUGAUAGCAUGAAAACGAAAGAUUUUUAAAACGUUAAUUUUACAUCUGUACUGUACUUCUUGAAUAAAAAUUCUCUAUGUUCAGAGAGAUUUCAGUUCUUCCUUAUUACUUUGUGC